CACCUCCUCUGCCGGCUGGUGGAAGCGUCAGACCUCCUCCUCUUCUGUCCUCUCCUCUCCUCCCUACAUCCCGCGGACGAGUGUAUACAGCCUCUCAAGUUGAGCCCAGACGCACACACACACACAUAACACUUACUGCAAGAGGAGGAUAGUCGGAGGAUAGACAGACAGAGAGAGGAAGGAAAAGAGGGAGAGCGUACGGAGCUGCUGCCGGGCAAGCGGAAUUUGGAUUUUAUUUAAUAUAUGAGCCUUAAGUGACAGAGUUUUCUUGGCUUUUGUUGCUUCAAAACCACCUCUGAAGUGGACUUUUUAAUUCGUUGGGGGAGUUCUUAGUCCACUCUGCUGGUUUGUUUAAACUUUGGAAGAAAGAAAAGUGUUACGAAGGAGAGACACUGAGGUUUUCCUCAGCUUUAGCCGUCCCGUUUGGAUAAAUAAAGCAGAGGAGCGCACCGGUGGAAAAAGCUCACCAAAGGGGAAAGGGGUUCAUUCCUCAGUUCUGGCUCGAAGGAGAGACACCGCAGACUUUCUGAGGGGGGGAUUUAAAAAAAAAAAAGAAGACAGCCUGCACCGGAAUUGCCCAUCGGGGGUUUCUUCUUUAUUACUGACUCCAGAAGGAUUUAUAGUUUACUCCAAACCUCAUCUGCGCGGUGUCUUAGGUCAGCCACAGUGGGAGCGCAGUUUGGUCAAAAUGAGAUUAUUGAUGGCACCGACGCGGUAGUAAUCUGUCUGGGGGGGAAAAAAGAAAAGAGAUAAAAUAUUGAAAGAUCCCCUUUGUGUCCAUUUUGUGAACAGUCCCGGAGAUUUUUACCGACAGGAGGGAUGGAGAUGGUCUGGAGAAGGGAAGGCGCGCCGGUGGGAUGUCGCCUCUGGAAGACGGUGCUGCUGCUUUUUUUGUGGAAAGUGUCCGACAACCAAGCAGGAGCAGCAGGAAGUGGACCAGGAGGAGGGCCAGACUUCUCCCAGCCCCGGUUCUCAUCCUCCCUCCCCACCUACCUCCCUGUCCAAUGCCAGCUAAAUGGUGCUGACUCCGCCUUCUUCCUGCGGGAAGCCAAUCAGGAGGUUAUGCGAAACGGCAGCCUAUCAUCGCGGACUGAGCCCUUCUUUCUCCACCAGCUGGAACCUGGCAUAGUCGCUCCACAGUCUCUGCCUAGCGUCAAUUGCAGCUAUGGAAACUUGAGCAUUGAGCAGUCAAUCCCAGUGGAGCUGCUCCAGGGCCCACCACCGCAUGUGCUGCUGACAACCAACCAAGUGACUCUGAACUGGAAGGUCAAAGGUCAAGUGGUGGUGCCCAGAGUAGGGUCAACUCGGCCCUGGAUACAGGUACUGUUUUACUUAGUAGGGCGGCGUUGGGAUGAGCCUGACCCACCUCCUCCAUCCCUUCUGCCAUGUGUCAGAGCCGUGGCCAUCCGGGACACCAGUGAAGCAGCACCCUCUGCGGGCUGCCGACUCGUGGGACCAUCUGGCAUCUGUGUUGUCCGUCUGGAGAUUCCCCCAGCUUGGUUUACACCACCACAAGUGAGAAAAAGACCUCCUGAAGUGACUCUGCCAUCAGUGGAUGUGUAUUACUCAAUUAUACCAGUAGAAGGGGCUGGUCAAGAGUGUCCCGACGUUGUCAACGAGCCAUGGAGAGGUCAGAGUGCAAACAUCGGGCCACUUGGAGCCCUGGGCCUUGGCCUUGGUGGACAGUGGAGCCCCCUAGUGGAUGGGGGUCUUCAGGACAUGCAAAAAGCAGGUUCUGUGGUAAUGACCAUAGGCCCUGUUUCCGCCAAAGGAGAAAGACUGAGACUGGAUGAAAAUGUGGAGGUUCUGGUGCCACCCAGCCCAGUUCGGCUCGGCAAGACGGUGGCGUUUGGUAUCUACAUGAAGACGGAUUCAAACACGGAACAGUUUACAUUGAGGGUGUGGUUCCAAUCAGGCAUCAACUUCCUGGCUGUGAAACCCAGCAACCUUGUCGCGUGGGAGAUCAAACAGGAAAUGGCACCGGGAAGCAGUUCGUUGGCAGUGAUGUGUCAGAGAAAGGCCUCCUCCACAGCAGAGAGAUUGGAAAGUCCAUCAUAUGAGGUAAUGCAGCUGGACUUUGAGGUGGAUAACGUGAUCAACCUGGUGCCAACCCAGACUCUACACUGGAAUGUCGAGUACCCAGCUGGCACACAGACAACUUCCAGGCAAACAGAGAAAGUCUCACACCUCUACAUCAGCAAUGCCGACAUACAGGGCAUUGUACCGCUAGCUGAGGACACAGAAGUGGUGAACACAGCAAUUCUUACAGGUCGACGCAUAGCUGUUCCCAUCAAACUAGUUACCGUGGAAACUGAUGGGCAGGUGAGGGAAGUGGAUGACUCAGUCACCUGCACCUCAACAGAUGUGGAUGUGGUCAAGGUAUCCCCAAACUGUGACCAGGUCUUGGUGAACGGUAAAGAAAUGCGUGGUCGGCAGUCUUUGGCAGUCAACUUCACCUACCUGCACCUGUCUGCUCAGCUACAGCUCACUGUGUGGGUUCCCAAGCUACCUCUGCAGAUAGAUGUGUCAGAUACUGAGCUGAGCCAGGUCAAAGGCUGGAGAGUCCCAAUCAUCACUAACAAGAGACCUACCAGAGACAGUGAAGAUGAUGAGGAUGAUGAGAGGAAGGGCAAAGGCUGCACCCUACAGUACCAGUAUGCCUUGGUGCGGGUCCUCACCCAUUUUGUUGCAGAACCCUCUGAUCCAGGAGGAGAGAUGGUUUAUAUGUUGGGUGCAGACUGGCAAGCUGAUAUCACCCACUUGGUCUUGGACCAGCUAAAGGUAGAAGAUCCUCGCAUUGCCAGACUCAUAGAUGGACGGAUUUUGAUAGGGCGGGACUUGGGGAUCACCACUAUACAGGUUCUGUCCCCACUGUCUGACUCCAUCCUUGCAGAAAAGACUGUGACUGUGUUGGAUGACAAGGUCACUAUCACAGACCUUGGAGUCCAGCUGGUUGCAUCUCUGUCUCUCAGUAUGACAGCAAGUCCUGGAAAUUACCAGGCUAUCCAGUUAACGACUACGGCUACAGACCUGCUACACACACAUAAACAGGAAGCUGUGAUCAGUGCAUGGAUCCAGUACAGUGAUGGUUCAGUGACACCACUUGAUAUCUAUGAUCCCAAGGACUUCCUCCUCUCAGCUGUCUCACUGGAUGAGAGUGUCAUCUCCAUAACCAAUCAGGAACAACACUGGCCAAUUGUGUUAGCAGAGGGUGACGGUCAAGGGCCACUGGUUCGUGUAGAGAUGGUCAUCUCUGAGACCUGUCAGAAGUCCAAAAGGAAGAGCGUGCUGGCAUCUGGAGUGGGUAACGUGUUGGUGAAGUUUGGAGCAAAGAGUGAAGGAAAGAGUGUGAUGGGAAGAGGUGGACAGGAGGAUGGAGGAGGAAUGGACAACAGCACUAGCGAGCAGCGAACAAAGGAUGGAGGAGAGUGGAAGUCCAACAGUGCACCAGUGGAUCGAGAAGAAGGAGCCAUGAGGAAGGUUAGCACAACGACCAAAAGCACAGUAACCCACCGUGCUUCAGGUGGUAAAGCUGCCAGCGGAGGCAGCAGCAGCAGCCGAGGCAGCGGUCCAAACCAAGCGGGAGAUUACAGUGGCUACCCAGCACAAGUGGAAGUACCAGGGACUGGGGACAGUGAGCUGACCCACACCACCAGAGGACUGUCAGACCUGGAGAUUGGAAUGUAUGCCCUUCUGGGAGUGUUCUGUCUGGCAAUACUGGUCUUCCUCAUCAACUGUGUCAGCUUUGCUUUCAGAUACCGUCACAAGCAAGUGCCCGUUCUGGAGACAGGAGGCAACAUGAACCACGCCCAUGACUGGGUAUGGCUUGGCAAUGAAGCUGACCUUUUAGCUGACCACUCUGACCAAUGCCAGGGUGGGCUGCCAGACGAAUGUACCACCAUCAUCGACCGGAAUGAAGGAGGAUACGAGGAGAACAAGUACCUGCUGAAUGGGGCUGGUAACACCUUGGUGAUGGGCAUGGGUACAGGCAUGGGCACCAUUAGUGGGAGUGGUGGCACAGGUGGACACCGGGGCAUCACCCACGGACAGACCAUACCCAGAUCUGUCCCAGAACCGCAUCAAUGCCUUUCAGCAAUCACUACUGGUGGCAAAGACGCCACUGGCCAGGCAGAGCAUCUGAAUAAUUCCCCCCGAGCCACGGCUGCAGCUGCAGUUGCAGCUGCCAAACGCAAACGUGUCAAGUUCACGUCUUUUGCCACUGUUCUGCCCAAUGAUAAUUCGGGUGGGGGUGGCCCAUACACCAACUCCUCAGUCCUGGUGACCAAUGGGAGUGAAGAUGACAUCAAGUGGGUGUGUCAGGAUAUGGACCUGGGUCAGUCUGAAAUCAGAACCUACAUGGAGAGGCUACAAGACAAUCUGUGACUCAUGGGAAAGAGACUGAGAAAUGGAGGGGCAGAGGAUGAGUGCAGGCGGGGGAGGAUGGACAAUGAGUACAAUUCACCUGUAAUGCCUUUGCAAUGGAUGAAGGGAGGGAGAAUGGGAGGAAUAUGAGACCAGUAAAAUGAAGAUUAUUGAACAGAUAGUGUAGGGGAUGGGUAAAUUUAGCUCCCCUUAGGCUAUGGAAAGCAUCGUCACUAGCUCACACAUCAAUAGUAGCAAACAAUAAACAACAUUAUGAGUUAAUUUUAUGUUAUUUUUUGUGACAAUAAAUAUGAAUGUUUCUUUUCAGAAUACCAGUAAAGCAUUGUGCUAUACAUUAAUUCAGAGUAUGUUAUUGGAUAAACAUUAUUAAGCCACUACACAUUUAAACAAGGAGUCUCAGAAGUCUUUUUUUACUCAUAUGGUAUAUUGCCAACACUGACUGUGGCUGUUGAUUGAUUAUUGAGAGAUCUCAUUUUAAUAUACAAACCUGCCAUUUACCUGCCAAGUCUGCUGAGUGGUUACAUAAUGAAUCACUAACUAAGAUACAAUCUGUUUAUUCUUAUUCUAUCAUGUGACCCAUCUCCUUUUGACAUUGCUCAGAAGUAAAAUGAAACAUGUAAAAAAAAAAAAAAAAAAAAAAAAUAUAUAUAUAUAUAUAUAUAUAUAUAUAUAUAUAUAUAUAUAUAUUCCAAGUACUCUCCUGCAAAUUCAGGCACUUUGCAGUCACAAGUGGGAGCUGCCAUUUAGCACUGUAUUCAGGCAAUCGUCCUCUUUCCUCAAACAGAGCGCAUCAAGUUGGAAAAUGAUAUGUCACACAAAAGGCUGUUUCUCCCUUGGAUCCAAGACAGAGGCAUUUAAUCUUGCACAAUUCCAAACAGGAAAGGACAUUAGCCAUAUUUGAGGCUUACUUCCUGUUUUCUGAAACCUUGCAGUCAAUGACGGCUUUCUCCCUGUAUUCAGAACCAAUCUCAUCAUCCCCUGGCCCCUCGCCUUGUUGACUGGACAGCAGUAGAAACUUUGUGAACUAAAGUACACAGUGAAAUACUGUGAAAUACUGUCUGUAAACUAAAAUAAGAGGUGUCUCAAAUGAAAAGGAGGCUGCUUGGGCUUUGCAAAGCCUGAUGGAACAUUUAAUAAUGAGGAUUAUUUAAAAUAGAAACCGCAUAGGGUUCAACACAGACCAGAGUACGUACAGUGUUAUACAUGGAGCUAACAUGAUAUUCCGAAUGACAUUACAAUAAAAAUGAAAAUGGAGUGACACUCUUGAAUAUCUAAUGAAGAGACGUGGGUUCAUAACACAUGUUGCUGAACUCUAUUAUAUAUAUAUAUUUUUUUUUUUCCUUUUGUUUGUCCUUUUUGAUAAAUAGAAUGAUUUUAUUAUGUUUUUCAUUGUUAUUUUUUCCUAAUUUGGGAAGAUAUUAAUUGUAGCUUUUUAUUUCUGAGAUUUAUUAAGACUUUGAGGAUAUAUGAGUCUUUUUUUUUCUUCUAGAGAUCUAUUUAUUUAAAUUUACAUUUGAGAGGGUGAGGAAGGGAAGAAAGGCCAAGGGCAAAGACUGAAAACAGUAGACCUGUUGGUGAAUGAUAGCACAUACAGAAAGAGAGGAAGUGAAAGGAAGGAGACAGAACAGGCAGAGGUUGCCUCACCUUCGUUAAGCUCAGGUGACGAGUCAUGAAGAACUGACAAUAAAAAAGGAGAACUGUAAGAUUGUCAAGAUUGCAAUAUUUAUUUAUAAAUGUGUUACUGUUUCAGAGUACACUGUAUGUUGUAAAUAAUAAAACAUGCUUCAAAGUGCUUGUGAAUAAGACUGCAGGUCACUAGCCAACAACAUGGUGAUAUUUUGUACAUUUUACGGUGCAAAUAUGGUACACAAUACUAUCUACCACCACAAUGUGAAAGUGAUUAUUAUUGGUUCUUAUUGGUUCUUUUUCUAAAGAUGUUCCUGUCUUUGUUUAAAGUAUUGAAUGAGUUCUUGUCUUUGUACAGGGUAGGAAUCAGUUUACCUCCAUAAUGAGAUGUAAAAAUGGAGGCAAUCCAUCAUGUAUCACACUCAAAAUUACUCAAAGAUGGUGAGUCGGAGAGAUCCAUUUCAGAAAGAAAACCAAAUCAAAUGUUAGGACAUUUACCAGUGGGCUUGUCCAAGGGAAAACAAAGGCAGAAUCUGGAUUACUGCCAAAACUAAGCAUCUCUCUUUUCAAUCAUUUGUUAAACAAGAAACAUAAUAAAAAUGCACAUUGAAAACACAACUGAAACAGAGAGAAGAUAGAAUAGAAAGAAAAGAGAGCUUGGAUAGAUGGAUAAGAGACCUGAGCUAACUCCAAAUGGGGGAACUAAAUGGGCUGCACAGCCUCCACCAAAGCAAUAGAUAUUUUUGACUAAUGAUGGCGACUGUACUGUAUGUUCUGGACACGUACACAUUACUUUAUCUUUGCCUACUCUGAAGUAGCAACAAGACUGCUGUGAAAGGAUAAGUCGAACAGAUACAAGUUCAAUAGCUGCUUAAGGUAUAAGUGUAGCAGUGUUCUCAGAUGAAAAACUUUUUGAUUCUUAACAUGCUAGAACUGUGGGUUUAAUCAUACUUUUCAGCCUGUGAGACCUAUUCUACCUGUUGUAUAAUUUUUAAACUGUAUGGAUGUCAUCUAAAAAAAAUACAAGGUUAGUUUUAAGAGAUUCUUUUGGGGGCAUUUCACCUUUUAUUUGAUACAAGAGAAAGGCAGAUCUACUGCAUGUAUCCAUCGUGCAUGCUUACUGAACUGCUGCUGAACUUUGCACAGUUCCCAAGAGGAACUGUUUUAAAAGCAUAAAUGUUUGGCUUCUUUGCAGCUGUCAGAAGGUUACACACAAAAAACCCAGGACAGUAGCUGUUUGCAACUAGAAAGAACAGGUUUGCAUGUUAUGUCCAUAUCCUCUGGCAAUCCAUCUCCUACAGAAUUGUGUUCAUUUAACCAAUUUGCAAUAGCAGCGUUCAACCAAUGCAAGUAAUGCUGUGAUGUUUCUGCAGCUCUACGAAAAGUAAACGUAAGCAAGGUGAUUGGGUUUACAAUAUGUUCUGCUGAGACUUUCAAUACUCAGCAUAAUGCUGCACAAGAACAUUUCAUUUCUUCCAAAACUUAUUUAACUAAUGCAAAAUAGUUUCAUAUCAACAUAAGUCUGAUGAGAAAGGUUUAUGCCACUCACAAUGUGUAACACUCCUUGUUGUACACAUUUGGUAGGCAAUGUCUCUGUAAACGAUAUGCAUAUGGUGCUGCUUUGUUGUUGUUUUUUUUUUUAGAGAAAACAAGGAGGCCUUAUUUUCAGAGGAUGGUUUUACAUUAUCAGUCACUGUAGAUGUCUCCUCCUGUCUUGUACUAACACUUUACUGAAGUGAAUGUACCACCUUAGAAUCACAUCAGCUCUGUAUACUUUGACACACAUCUCUAAGCCAAAUUAUUUUCAGACCAAUGCAUGUAAAUCCUAAAGGUGGAAAUACAGAAGCAUAUUUAUAAACAGUUCCUCUUGAUUGGAGCCAAUGCGCAGCAGUAGUUCAACAAGCAAGCAGUAAAAACAUGGAACUUCUACAAUGGUGACAUCUGACUGUGUUGAAAACCACAAAACCAGUCACUAAAAGACAAAUACAUAUUCUCAUAAGAAAAGACUUACAUUGUUGAAAUGGUGUUCAUUUGUUAUGUAGUUACAGUGGGAGGUACACAUGAACAGCAGUCGAACACUCUACAGAUAGAAGAGGUUUUUUGUUUAAUUUCUUUUUCUUUUUGCUAUUGUCAUUGUUUAAACAUGGUUCUUGGAGGCCAAUAAAGACCCAUAACCAAGA